UUGGCAGUGAACCACGACAACGACGCGCUAUGCUUCAAUCCAACCGUUCCCUAGCGUCGCGAUGUGUAAAGACACGAACUAUCAACAGAAUUGCCGUUUCCAGAUUCCACAAAGCUACCUCCAGACCUGUGUCGUCAACAGGCCAUGGUCGACAAGCACCGUCGGCCCCUCUACCCAACAGGAUAGCAUCUUCCAGACAUAGUUUUGCAACAGCAGUCAUCUCUGCUUCACGGAAACCUCAUUUUGAUAAGAUUCUGGUUGCGAACAGAGGUGAAAUAGUAUGUCGUGUAAUUCGUACGGCAAAGAAGCUCGGAAUCAAGACCGUUGCGGUCUACAGCGAUGCGGACAAGGACUCUUUGCAUGUACAGAUGGCCGAUGAAGCUUAUUGUAUAGGUCCAGCUCCCUCCGCGGAAAGCUAUCUGCGAAUGGACAAGAUUAUUGAUAUAUGUCAUCGCAGCGGCCAUUGUAGAUAUGGCUUUCUAAGCGAAAAUGCAACCUUUGCUGAACGCUUGGAUCAAGAAGGGAUUGUUUUCAUCGGACCUCCCUCUAGUGCUAUUGUUAGUAUGGGCUCGAAAAGUGAAUCAAAGCAUAUCAUGACCGCUGCGGGGGUGCCUUGUGUGCCUGGAUAUCAUGGAAAGAACCAAGAUCCCGAGUUUCUGUAUGAACAGGCGAAACAUAUUGGAUUCCCAGUACUUAUCAAGGCAAUUCACGGCGGCGGUGGCAAGGGCAUGCGCACCGUAGCCACCCCCUCUGCUGAGGCGUUCUACGAAGCCCUUUCUUCUGCGAAGAGAGAAUCCUUGAAGGCUUUUGGAAAUGACGUGGUACUCAUAGAAAAGUAUAUCGAGAGACCACGGCAUGUAGAAGUUCAAGUUUUUGCUGAUACACAUGGAGGUGCCGUCAGUCUUUGGGAACGAGAUUGCUCUGUACAACGGAGAAAUCAGAAGAUCAUCGAGGAGGCACCAGCGCCUGGCUUGUCUCCAGAGUUACGUGCGGAUCUUGGUGAGAAGGCAGUGGCAGCUGCACGCGCUGUUCACUAUGUCGGGGCCGGAACUGUCGAGUUUAUCUUUGACAAUGACACACUGGAUUUUUAUUUUAUGGAAAUGAAUACUCGUCUUCAGGUCGAACACCCUGUAACAGAAAUGGUAACUGGACUCGAUUUGGUUGAAUGGCAACUUGAGAUUGCUGCAGGGAAUCCCCUUCCUCUAGACCAAUCUUCAAUUCCACUCGUUGGUCAUGCAUUUGAAGCCCGAAUAUAUGCAGAGAAUCCACGCAAUCAAUUUCUUCCGGAUUCUGGGCCUCUGCUCUACCUUUCUACUCCAACGCCUACGCAUGUUUUCGCCGAUUCUUAUGCGCCACAUUCGGAAUUCAGUCCCGUUAACAUAACUCCGUCGCUUCGACUGGAGCAAGGCUUUGCUCAGGGAUCACAGAUUGGCGUGUUUUAUGAUCCUAUGAUUGCUAAGCUUAUCAGUCACGGUAGGGACCGUACCGAAGCUCUACGGAUUCUACGGAAGGCUUUGGACGAAUAUCAUGUUGUUGGAGUGUCAACAAACGUAGAGUUUCUGAGAACCCUUGCCGGAAAUCAAGCCUUCAUAGACCAAGAAUUAGAAACAGGGUUCAUUCCGAGACAUUUCAAUGAACUCUUCCCGCCAAUCGCAGAACCUUCCGCAGAAACACUAGCGUUGGCAGCCCUUUAUGUCGUUCUUCGUGACCAUCCCAUUGCAAAUGGUCCUUCGGAUCCGACACCAUGGACUACUUUGUCCUCUCGUCGUUUCGGCGGAGAUACAUACGAGCGGCUCAUCACUCUACAAGAUGAUUCUGGAAAGAGCCAACCUGUAGGCGUUUCGGUGAAAUCAACGACGCCAGGGCGUUUCGACGUACUCCUCCGCACUGGCUCCGCUUCUGGCACCGAAUUUUUGUCUGUGCCUGCUCAGCUACUUUCUCCAACAAAGCUCUCUGCGACUUUAAAUUCGACUAAUUGUAAAACCACCGUUGUUUCCCAACCGCCGCCGGGGGGCAGUACCGGCUUCCGCUUGCAUGUCUUCAGUGGCGGCUCGAAGACGACCCUUGUAUUGCCGUCGCCUAAAUGGCUUCUUGACCUUGGGGGUGACGUGCUCGCUGCAACCAAGGGAGCAUUGAAGGCCCCCAUGCCUAGUUUGGUUGUUGAAAUUAAAGUCAAAGUCGGCGAUCGCGUUGAGAAGGGACAGGCCGUUAUGAUUUUGGAAAGCAUGAAGACGGAAACGGUGAUGAGGACUGAUGUUGCUGGUAUCGUCAAGAUGGUGAGUUGUAAGAAUGGAGAAAUGGUUGAAGAGGGCAGGGAAUUGGUAGAUGUUGAAGCAGAGACGGUAACAGUUGCAUAGCUACUUUAGCAGAAUUAUCUGUAUCUUUCUGUUAAGGAUGAAAUUAUUUCCGUUGAGAUUCC